AUUUCUGUGCCCACAUUUUGCCUCAAUUGUGCCCAUUAACGAUUACCGUUUGUUUCCAUAGCAUGGGGAGCACUACCGGUCCAGUAGAUCAUUAGCCGUGUUGGGAUUGUGUUGUUGGAUAAAAAGCGCGGCGGUUUCGGUCAUCAUACGGGCGUAAAAUUUUUUACAACUUUCGUCCGAAGUUUUUAAGCAAAGUGUUUAAGGAUAAAAUACAUAUAUUUAUAAAAAAAUUGCCAAAUUCAACUUAUCUACAUAUCUUUAAUGUAAUAUAGAAAGUGUAGAAAAACGUGAAAGAAUUGAUAGCAGAGGUGAAGGUAGCGAAAAGGGUGCGGUGAAAUAUGUCGGGUGACGUGCAACCGCGCAAGCGAAAGGAUAAGAAAAAGAGACGUGAUGCAUUCGAUCGUAAAUCGGAAGGUGAAUUAUCUUUUUCGCGCCAUUCAAGCUUUGAAGAUGACGAAUCUUCACAUGGCGUACACAUUACAAAGAUGGGCAACGAUGAUGUCCAUCUUCAUGUCCAGCACGAACACGGCACUGGAGGCCAUUGGUGUGCGAAGAUCUUUUUCUUUUCACUGCUAGCCAUUUUAUUUGGCCUGGUGGCAUUAAUUAUAUUGGAAAAUCGUGGGAUAUCCGAUUUGGAUACACCAUUGUCAGAGUCACGUUUUUCAAAUUAUUUUGAUGGCUGGGUAGACGAGAGUCGACAAGAGCAUGACGAUCAUCAUCCUCUACAGGUGUCUAAAGAAGACCAUGACGAGCAUGAUGAGCCGUUCGAAGAGGAAGAAGAUCAUUCAGAAUUGGAUGAAGAUGCAGAUGAGGAACAUGAUGAAGAUGAUGAUCAUGACGACGAAGAUGAUGAGGAUGCCACAACAGAACAAACAAAAGAGCUUGAAGAGGACGAGAACAAUGAUGAAAGAGAUGAAGAGAAUGAUGACGGAGACGACGACGAUGAAGACGAAGAGGAAGAUGCAACCAAAGAGGCUAUAUUAGAGCAAACUAAUGAAGAAGAGGAUGAUGAUGGAAAUGAAAAUGAUAAUAAUACAGAAGAAGAGGAUGAUGAUAAUCUAACGCAAGAAGCAACAACAAAAGAGGAAGACGAUAGAGCUGAUGCGGACGAUGACAACGAUAAUGAUGAUGGAGAUGAUGAUGAAGGCGAGAAUAAUACCAAUGAGCAAACUGUUGAGGCUAGUCAAGAAGCAAAUGAGGAUGAUAACAAUGAUAGCGCGUACGAUAAAAACGAAGAUGAUAACAAUGAUGAUGAUGACGACGCUGAUGAUGCUGAACCAAGCUAUGAACGUUCAACACAACAAAUAACAACAAGUCAACAAUCAGAAACCAAUAAAGCUGAUGAUGAUGAUGAUGAUGAUGCUUUUGACGAGGAAGAUGAUGACGACACAUUCGAUUCUAUUGAGAAUGUCGUCGAUAAUGAUGCCGAGGAAUUACUAUUGUUGCAAGAAAAAGCACGAAAACAGGCAGCAGAGGCAGCAAAAAAUGAACCGGCAUCUACAGAGAAAGACAAGAACGAGGAUACAGCAGAAGCAGUGCCAUCAUGGGCUUCAUCUCAAAUCAAGCCAAAAGAAGAUAUAGGUGGUGGACCCCAAGCACAGAAUGAUGAGUUGGGUAUGUUUGAACGCGAGCUGCGCAGAGCGAAUGAAGAAAUGAUGCGAGAGAAUUAUGCUGAAGCCAUUAAACGAUUCGAUCAGCUUGCUCGUCAAUAUCCAGACAAACCACAGGUAUUUUUGGCACAGGCGAGACUGCUCGAUAAACUGGCGGAUCGGAAACAUAGUAAUGAUUUGCUGAGCCAAGCUUUGCAGGCUUACAAGCGCUAUUUAGCGCUAGACGGCGCCAUCACAGAUAACGUCGAAUUUCGCAUCGUAGCUGAGCGCUGCAUCGAGCGUAUGCGCUUCAUGGGUCAUCAUAUGCAGGCGGUGCCAAUACAUCGGCAAUUGAUUAAACGAUUUGCAGAUGAGCCGAAUGUGCGAAAUCAACUGGCUAUUACCUACCUGCUGCAGAAUCGUUUAUCCUAUGCCAAAUCAGUUUUGCAAGAUGUUCUAAGUCGUUGGCCCAACGAUGGUUUUGCACAGGUGCACUACGGUUUCGUGCUGCGUCAACUGGAUUUAGACUAUGCGAAUGCAGUUAUCUAUUUGCGUAAGGGAAUCGAUUCAAAAGCGACCGGCACUCAGGAUGGUCGCUUCUACUUCAAUCUUGGCGACUCGCUGCAACGCUUGGGUCGUCAGGCAGAAGCAGUUGAGGUGUAUAGGCGUGGUGCUGCGCUUAAGCUCUUUCCCUCUGUCUACCAGCGUUCACUCUACAAUGAACCGAACUUGCUCGCAAAACCCUAUUGGACGAAAGCGGAAACCACUUAUGACAGCUACUUCAAUAAACUGGAACUUAAUUGGCGGACAAUACGUGAUGAAGCGUUAAGUCUGUUAAGUAGGCGUGGUUAUUUUCUUGACGAAGCGGAAAGUUUGCGUGAUACCGGUAAUUGGCAACAAUUCGAAUUGUAUGCUCGCGGACAGCAGCGCGUACAAAAUUGUCGAAAAGCGCCCAUAACUUGUGGAUUAAUUGAGAAAUUUAGUGCGGCAGCCGGUUGUCGACGUGGUCAAGUUAAAUUCAGUGUCAUGCAACCGGGAACGCAUGUGCAUGCUCAUUGUGGGCCAACGAACUGCCGGUUGCGUGCUCACUUGGGGCUGGUGGUGCCUGAAGGUACGCGAUUGCGUGUGGCGGAGGAGGAUCGCACUUGGACUGAGGGCCAAAUUCUGAUAUUCGACGACAGUUUCGAGCACGAAGUAUGGCAUAACGGUAGCAGUUUCCGGCUUGUUUUGAUUGUCGAUGUCUGGCAUCCAGAUUUGAGCGCACAGCAACGUCGAACGCUUUCACCGAUUUGAAAGCACAUACAUAUGUAUAUAUUUAGUGUCGGCUAUUCGCUUACCGUAUAGAGUUCCUCUUCGUAAUGCACCAAAUACAUAAAUACAACUUUCAAGUAAUCGCUUUUUGUUAACAAAAAUCGCUAUCGCCCUUAAAAAGUGCUUUUAUAGCUUACGUGUAUUUUAAGCUCAGCUUUCACACUUGGUAAUAUUGCAAUCGCCCAUAAUACUUGUGUUUAAAUUUUGUUACUAAAAAAUAUUAACUAAAUGUAUUUAAUUAUAAAAUGUAGCUCAAAGGUAUAUUUUUAAGAUCAGAUGUAGAGCAAUAAGAAUAAUUUAAUUUGGAUAUGUGAAAACUAUGAAACGACUGUUGAUAUUUGUGUUACUUAAACAAGAGAAUUGAACAACUUUUUAUUUCUAUUUAUUUAUUUCCAUUUUUAUAUUGAAUGUAAAUAUUAUUUGUAUGAUUGCAUAUGAACUCCACGCAAACUAUUUAAACAAUAGAAAGUAAAAGCUGUUAUUUGUAUGAAAACAGAUUGAGGUAAUUUAUAACUAAUACAUUUAAGUAUGUGUUAAGGCUGUUAAAUGAACGAACACCUAACCAAGCACUAAGUGAAGAACGUGAUUAAGUUAGUAAUGGAGUUUAUAAAAAUUAAUAGUAUAUAAAUCAGUUGGCACGGCAACAUUGAAGUGAAAAAUGGUUUUGCAUGUAUUUUUGAAUUUGUUGUUAAAUUUUUCCUACACACUCUUUAAUUUUCAUAAAGUCGGGGAAAGAUGAUUGAUUACACUAUGCUAUUAUUUAAAUAUAUUGAAUUUCACUCUAAGGCUCAAAGGAAGCCCAAAAUCAGUAGGAGUUCGAAGUAAGCUUUAGUUUAUUAUA